AUGACUCCAGGGAAGGAGCCAUUAACUUUACAAGUUGUUUUCCAACUGCUCCAACACCAUUCUCCGAACCGCAUUCUUCAAUUAUUUACUCAAAAGUUGCAGGAAGCAUGUAUUAAUACUGCGUCAGACGUAACCAGUGCCCUUCCCAGAAAAGUUGUUCCACGUUUGAAACAGUCUACUUACGGAGAAGUCUUAACCACUUCUGAAGUUUUGAAGAAACUGAAAGAAGCUGAGGAAAAGAAAAAUGCUAAAGGAAAUGUGGCUAAGCCCCGAAAAAUGAAAAAGUGCAAAAGUAAAGAAUCUGAGGAAGACGACGAAAAUUUACCACCUAUCAAUAAAAAUGUCUCAAAAGAUUUGAAAUCUGUGGAGUAUGGAGAAGUGAAGUGGGAGGAUUUGGAGGAAGACACAUUUAUCCUAGCAAAAUUCUCUGGAAUAGGCAAGCCCUCCAAUAAUAAAUAUAAAUAUGUUUGCAUAGUUCAAAAGAAGGAUGAAGAUGAUGGUGAAAUUGCCAUUAUAGGGCUCAAGUCAUUAGACGAAACCUGUUCUGACUUCUACAUCAACGAGAUGAUUGUAUCUUAUAUUACAAUUGAUAAUGUGACUGCUAUUUUUCCUAAACCCGAUACAAAAUUUGUGGGACGUAAAAUGAUUUACUCGUUUCCUGGUAAAGUAGACAGUUUCGAAAAUUAA